AUGCUGAAACCUGCAGGCUUUUCCCAGCAUGCCUCGGUGGUGGAGGUGUAUGAAGGGGAGGAGUCUGUCCUGCUGCCCUUUCAGGUACGAGCCUUGGUUUCCUCUGCCUCAGCAGCAGCAGUGUGGAACCACAGUGACUCGAAUCCCCUGACCGUCCACGUGCGUCUGCGGAGUGAUGAUGACCUUAGAAACCAGAACCGGCGUUAUAUCGACCGAACAUCAGUGAGAGCCCAUGCUCUGCAGACUGGAGACCUCAGCCUCAUUCUGAGGAGCCCGACAGCCAGUGACAGCAGCACCUACACCUGCUCCGUCUGCAGCCACGGACAAGAUCUGAGCCAGACAGAUGUCCAGCUGAAGGUCAAAGGUCAGAGAAAUGUUCAGUCUGUCGAACACAGGAACAAGAAGAACAAACCAGCCGUCUCCGUGGAGAUGACCCAGCGUGAUGGAGGAGGUCAGGGACUGGAUGAAGAAUACGAUGACAUCACUACUAAUGUCACCACUGAACAAUGGCUGGUAAAUAUACGUCGGGAUCAUUUCACGAUUACCUCUCACACCAGGGUCUGCAGCAGACACUUUGCCAGUGAUCAACUCAUAGAGCCAACAACCCUUGAUGGUCGAAGGCGGCUUAUUAAAGGUGCUGUACCAACACUUUUUGAGUGGAAUGGCUAUAAAGUUGAACCACCGCGGCGUAGUGUUUGGGAGAGAACGGAGCGACGCCCUGAACUAGUUCCUGCUGACGAUCAAGAAGAGCACAGUCUUACAAGAGAUCAUGACUACUGCUCAGUCCCUGAGCCGUCUGCAUUGGACAUAUCUGCAUCAGCUGCAGAAGACCUGUCCAAAGACGUGGAGACUCUGAGGAAGGAAAUACAGGAGUUACGUGUCCAGCAAGAAUUUGGGUUACAGCGUUUUGCUGGCUCUGACACUGACAUCCGAUUCUACACCAGAUUUCCAAGCUAUGAUCAUUUGAUGGCAUUUUGGUUUUUGAUUGAGCCUUGCAUCUAUAAAAUGAUCCGGGUUUCAAGAGCCAAGUCAGCUGCCAAUAGGAACGAAGAAGUGUUGACACCUGCACGCACAUCAACGAGGCAGCUGCUACAGCCAAUUGACGAGUUCUUUCUUUUCUUGGUUUUCCUGUCAGUUGGUUUGAAGGAGAGGGACCUGGCACACCGAUUUAACAUACAUCAGUCCACAAGCUGA